AUGCACUUGCUUCAGCUCGCCCUGCUUCUUAUUCUUACUCUCGUGACGGCCGCGACGGUCGACGCCCAGGCAACGAAGACCAGCCUCCGAGCGCUGGCCGACGGCGCCGACACUGCCUCCGACAGCAUGGGGCCCGGCGCCGCGCUUGCGAUUGCCGGGUGUGUGGCCGCUGUCGUGGGCAUCGCACUGAUCGCCAAGGCCAUGCGUCAGCGACUCACCGCCCCAAGCUCGCCGCAGACGCCGCCGCCACUCGCCAUGCACAGCGACGAGUGCCUCCGAGUGAGUGCCACGACGCCCAUCCAAUAGCGAUCUUUUAGAUUUGCAUUUAAUUAAUUUUACC